AUGAAAGCAGGUAGAAAUAAAUUCAAGAAAAUCUUGAAGCAAAACAGAUGCAAUACAAAAGAGAACCCAAGAAAAGGCAGAAAGAAAGGAAUGUUUAUUGUUCCAUCCCAUGUCUGUUAUCCAAAUGUUCAUCGUUUGAUGAGAUUAUCACACUUUAGCCAAAUGCCUAUUAUCUUCAAGGUGUCUGCGCACAACAAACUGAAACGGAAAUUCAAAACAAUUUUUAGAGUGUAG